AUGCUUCGACGGAUUGCUCCUUCGCGACUUGGGGGUGGCCAAAGAUGGAUAUCGCUGAGUCCGGCGUGCUCGAGCAGCUCGGCUGAGCCCGAUCAUUACAAGGUUUUGGGAUUGCAGCCGGGAGCGGACGCAAAAGACAUCAAAUCGGCUUAUUACAAAUUGUCGAAGCAAUUUCAUCCUGACACGAAUCCGGAUAAGAAGGAGGAGGCGGCGAAGAAAUUCCACCAGGUCGCUCAAGCUUAUGAAAUUCUUGGUUCAGAAGAUAGACGAAAAGCUUAUGAUAUGACUCGAAUACGAACCUCUCCGAUGGCGUCAGGACCGGAAAUGAGUAAUAGGUAUCGCCGAAGGUCGUCUGGAAGGCAAUACACCGAUAUUGACAUUGAUUAUAAGGAUUUCGAACACUUCCAAAGAAGUACUAGAAGGAGACCACAAUUUCAUUCACAUUUCGAUAUGCCAAAUGAGUUUUAUGCGGAAUUUGGCGGCUUUAAACGAAGAGUUUAUAAAAGCGAGUUUGAUGAGACGGAAAGGAAUUCGACAAUGUAUAAAGACAGUCGCGCGGUGCAGAGGGAAAUGGAGGAAUUGAGGCGACAAAUGGAACGGGAGAAGGCUGAACAACAGGCGCGAUAUCCGAUACCAACAUUCGAGCAGAUGAUUCGUGAGCGAAGAGCAAAAGAAGCGAAAGAAGCUCGCCAAUAUAUGGCUGGACUGUUUCUGGCAGCGAUUCUCGCCGGAUUUCUGACAACGAUGCUAACUCGCUAA